AGGAUUUCUGUGCUAGACCACAAAGUUACCAACUACUGUAUAACGGUGACGGUGACAAUAAUGAACAUCUUUCGUUGCAAUGCAAGCUUUCCGAUGAACAUUCCAUAUCGGUGUAAUUACCGGAGUUUACAAAGAUAAAAGAUAUUCCUAGUGGUUGCUUUUAAUGAUUCCGGUAUCCAUCUGGAAUAAAAUUUUUGUUCCUCCAAAUUGACCAAUAAUGGCACGGAAGGGGUAUCGUACUAUUUGUUGUGAUUUAAGACGUGCAUUUUUCGGCUUAACAGUGUCCACUCUAUGCUUCCUCCAUUUGAUCCAAAUGGGAGAGGGUAGUUACGGAAAUUACGGAUACGGUGGUGGUGGCGGCGGUGGUGGUGGAUACGGAGGAGGAUAUGGCGGCGGGUAUGGCGGAUCAUAUGAUUAUGGACGAUAUAUAACCAAAUGGCCUGUUGGUGAUAUUUAUGGAUUCGGAGCCAGCUACGGAGGCGGUGGUGGUGGCUAUGGUGGUGGUGGAUACGGAAACAGCUAUUAUGGGGCUCCCCCCGUGACAUACAUUCCCGGAUACGGAAAAUAUGUACCAUACACUAUGCCUCUUGGUGGCUACUAUUAUGGCCCUCCAGCGCACUCUCCUCACUACGACGGAUACGGAGGUUAUGGAGGCGGCUAUAACGGAAAAAAGCGAUAGUAUCCCAAUCCAUCAAAGUUUUUGUACGAAUGUCACCAGCUAAAAUACCAGUGCCUUUUGUUGAUAAUGUGAACGCUCAAUCGCUAACAUCCUAACUGAUCCAGUCUUGUUAUGGUCUUUUUUAAUGUCGACUCCAUCGAGAUGCAAAAAACAUCGUGCCCACAAAAAUCAAUAUCGAUCUCAAAUUACG